CUACACCUCAGUCCUCCAGCACAGAAGAAAGUGGAGCGUAGAGACCAGCAGCAGCUGAGACGGCACUAUUCCUCUGGACUCUACCCGGGUGGGGACAUCAUGAGUCGCUGGCGUCGUUCAGUGGACGAGCUCACAGCAAGGCGGCGGCGACAGCACACAGAGUGCGCACGUGCUCAGAACGCUCUGAGUCGAGUCACUUCCUGUUUCCAACAAUUGGUGGCGUCGCUCGGAAGUUCAGCUGAUAGCAGCUUCCUACGGGAAGAGAUCGAUGAGACAAGAGCGCUGGCUCACCGGAUCUGCUCAGGCCUGUCUGAUCGCCUGCUUCGCCUGCUGUCAGCCUGUGACUCCGCCCCAACAGCUGUGGAGGACAGACAGGCUUCAGAACGUCUCUGGGUCCUCUUCCUGUCCGCGGUGGAGAACUUCCUGUCUGACCUACGUAAGGCCAAGGAUCUGAUUGGUCAAUUUCCUCUGACUCAGCGCUCAAACAGACGCUCGUUGGUAAACACAGGAUGCACCGACGGUCUGGUAGGUCUGGCGGCCCGGGUGGCUUUGGUCCAGAUCCCUUGGCUAGUUUUGGAGGAAGAGCCGAGUCCUGAUCUCACCAAUCACAUUGCAGGGCUGGAGUCGCUGCUUAGUGAGCUGCAACAGAGGGUUCCAGUAGCUUUCUGGUCGGUGGAGGCAACCCAGCCGGCCUGGGCCGAAGUUCUCAGCGACCCCGAAGAUCCAGAGGACAGCCUGGAGGACAUGAUGGAGGUGGAGAUGGUCUCCAACGGUAGCAGCAGGAAGGUGUCUGCCUGCUGCCAGGGGACAUGCUGCGGGUUCAGCUGUGUCGGAUAGGCCCGGAAACUUCUACGUCUAACCUAGUGGUUAAGGCGUCUGCGUCCUGGAAGGGCUGCAGGUUCCCUGGUUCAAAUCCCACAGGCUGCCACCCCUUUUACCCUGGCUUCGCCCGCUCAGCCACAUUCCACUCAAUUCCACAAAAACAACCUUUUCUAUUUUUGUCCAGAAAAUCCAGAUCUUCUAGAUGCAACAACAGCACCCCCUGCUGGUUGGUCUGUACCCGCAGUCAGUAGUAUGGCUAGAAAAGGAUUCUCUGUCAUCCUCAGAGCAAAGCUUCCCUGCAUUGAGGUAACUUAACUACAGAUUAAUAAACUCCUAAAGAAAUAAAACGUAUGUGAAGUGUGUG